UGAUGUUCAGGUGUAUAUCAGUAUGUAGUGUCUCUACUUUAAAGAGUCCUCUCCUGCUGAUGUUCAGGUGUAUAUCAGUAUGUAGAGUCUCUACUUUAAAGAGUCCUCUCCUGCUGAUGUUCAGGUGUAUAUCAGUAUGUAGAGUCUCUACUUUAAAGAGUCCUCUCCUGCUGAUGUUCAGGUGUAUAUCAGUAUGUAGUGUCUCUACUUUAAAGAGUCCUCUCCUGCUGAUGUUCAGGUGUAUAUCAGUAUGUAGAGUCUCUACUUUAAAGAGUCCUCUCCUGCUGAUGUUCAGGUGUAUAUCAGUAUGUAGAGUCUCUACUUUAAAGAGUCCUCUCCUGCUGAUGUUCAGGUGUACAUCAGUAUGUAGUGCCUCUACUUUAAAGAGUCCUCUCCUGCUGAUGUUCAGGUGUACAUCAGUAUGUAGUGUCUCUCCUGUGACAUGUCUCCAUGCUUUAAUGUUCAAAAAGCUUAGACUCCUUCUCUGCUCCUAAACACCGUCUCAGUUCCGUCUCAGUUCCGUCUCAGUUCCGUCUCAGUUCUGUCUCAGUUCUGUCUCAGUUCUGUAAGGUAAAGUCAAAAGUCGAACCCAUGCACCCUGAUCUUCCCUGUUUGAGUUGUUUGACUCACCCAAUCACAGUAAGUUCUUUUUUUUUACUUUUGUAUUUUAAAACUGUGAAGAGGAAGGAAGCCAGGCCGUUUUUUUUUACACAUUGACGAAGUGAAAGAGAGGCGUCCUCCUCAAAGGUUUUUGGUGACCGUUUUUCUCCUAUGUGUGAUCUACCUGCUGCUUUAUCUGAGGAGCAGCUAUGAGUUUCCCAGCAGCAGCGAGAGGAUUUGUCGUGUUCUUUCUCUCUGUGCAAGUGGUUCAGGGUCAGCAUGGCUGGGGAGUGACUUGCUCUUCUACUGAGAUCUGUGCAGUGAAAGGAUCAACAGUGGAGAUAAGCUGCAGAUACACAUACCCAUUUAGAUGGAGAGGUGGUGUUAACACAGUAGAGAAAACAUUCUGGUUUGCUAAACAGAAAGAUGGUGAACCUGUAGAUCUGAGAACAGACUCAGAGUAUGCAGGUCGUGUUGAGACUCUCUGUGAAAACAACAUCUGCACUCUGAGAAUCAGAAACCUGAGAGAGAGCGACUCAGCUCAGUACAGGUUCAGCAUCAAAACAAACCAGGCUGCAUAUAUUGAGAGUCCUCGAGUCACUUUGUCCGUCACAGAUCUCCAGGUGAAGGUGAGCAGAGCAUAUUUAGCCCAGGCAGAGCUGCGGUGUCAGACCAGGUGCCCUGGACCGGAUCAUACUUCCUACGUCUGGUACAACAAUGGAGAGAAACUUUGGACAGGAAUGUCUUCCUCUCAUUUCGUCAACUUUAGUUCAGCAGACAGCUAUUCCUGUGCUUUAAAUGGAAAUGAGAAUCACCGCUCUCCUUCAGUGUGUUUGCUGCCGGGCGGACUACAGACAAGUAGUUUGUUUUGGCCUUAUAAUAGUUGUAUUUCUACACCUUCUCCUCCAGACGCUCCAAAGCUCCCCUCUGUGUCAGUCAGUCCCUCUGCUGAGAUAGAGGAGGGCAGUUCAGUGACUCUGACCUGUAGCACUAAUGCUAACCCAGCAGCUAACUACACCUGGUACAAGGAUGAGACUUCAUACUCCUUGCCUCUGAAAGAAGAACCUCAGCUUGUCCUCAGCUCGAUCCACUCCUCUGACUCUGGAGUGUAUUUCUGUACAGCUAAGAACAAGCUGGGAAGGAGGACAUCGAAAAAGUUAUUUAUUGAUGUGAAACAUAAGUCACCACUGAUCAUGAACAUCAGCAGGCUGACUCUGGUGGCUCUGAUCCUGACUCCUCUGCUCCUUUUAUGUCUCUGGAUGAGGAAGAAGAAGAAGGCUGUGAGGUCCAUCUCUGAACUGCAUGAACCCAUACAGAUGGUGGAGUUGGACCCUUGUUCUGUGUAUGAGAACAUCUCCGACCUGAACAUGGUCUCUGCAGCACGGACAGAAGAACCAGAGGAGCUGGUGUGAAGGUUGGCCCGCUCUCAGUCGGCUGUGUGUAGAAAACAAACCCAAAACAACUUUACAUUACCGAGAGAUAACUCACCCGAACUGUACGGUGUGGAAUUUAUUUGUUUGGGUAAAAUGCAAGUGUCAUAAAAUGUAAAGAGUGAAAGAAUUUGCAACACACACACACACACACACACACACACACACACACACACACACACACACACACACACACACACACACACACACACACACACACCAAACGCCUUACUUAUUGUGAUCCUCAUAUUUAAUCCACCUUUUCAAGUAUUUUUAUACCAGAUUUGUGUUCGAUCGUAGUUAUUUUUCUAUUUUUUUACUGAAAUGAUGCUCACAUUUGACUUCCGGUUGAUAAACAAAGGCUGAACCAGUUCCUCAUUGCUAUACUCCUAAGUAUUCUUUCAACAUUGGUCCCAGUUCCUCUUUUACUUCGUCUUAAAUUAUGCGUCAAUGUUUAAUCAGGAAUCUUGAAAAGGGGACUUCUCUCUCAACUAUACACAUGUGACUGAGUUUAAUUUGAAUCCUUUUUUUUAGCUUUUGUUUUCCGAGAAAUCAAUAUGUUGUGCUGUGCCAUUUUUAUCAUGUGACAUUUCAUAAAUAAAAACACCCAAAGGGAAAUGACUUUCA